AUGCUCUCCCCUGGACACCUGCUCCCCUCCUCUCCCCUGGCCCCCUCCUCCCCCCUGGUCCCCUCCCCCCUGGUCCCCUCCUCCCCGGUCCCCUCCUCCCCUCUGGUCCCCUCUCACAGGGCUCUCAGACGUCCCAGUGUGACUCACCGUCCAUCAUCUCUGCUCUUCAUCUCCUCUGCACACGUGAGUGGUCAGCCGGCCUGGCCCCUCCCCCAGCCUCCAAUCACACACAAGGAAGUCAUUAAGGACACGUGUGACACAUUUGGGUUCAGUUUGGGCCUUGAGCAGAACGUGAGGAUAUUUCUUUGGCAUUACGUAUUGCAAAUCCACUCUUCCCCCAAGUGUUGUCGUCGGGUUUAA